UGUUCCCCUGGAGUACCUUCCCCUCACCCAGCCAGCAUCCCUCAGGGUCUGAAUCCCUGUAGGCCUAGGAUGAGAAGUGGCUGAAAGGGAAAGGUGUUGGGAGACACUAAAGCUGCCUGAAAUGCUGGUUGACCCGGGUGACCCUGGACAGAGGAAGGGGUGUAUGUGGAAGUAUCAGGGUCCUUGAGUUCUGCCCACUGUCCUUGAGAGCAGCCCUGCCAUGGCCAGCUCUAGGCUCAGCCUCCUGCUGCUGCUGCUGCUGCUGUUGCUACUGUUGCUGCUACUAACCACCUACCCUGGACCGUUGAGGGCUCAGUACUGGUCCCAUGGCUGGUACCCUGGAGGAAAGCGAGCCUACAGCUCAUCCCAGGAUUCCCAGAAUGUUCCCAGGCUCUCAGGAAGAAUACUGGGCACUGCAGCGGGCAGCCUUGCUCAAGCUGCCCACAGACUCCCAAGUAAGGACCUGGCUCCCUCUGAGGACACUGUGCCCUGGGAGGGCAGAAGCAUGUUUCGGUGGACUCUUCACAGGAAACAGCAUCUGGUGUAAAUACUACCUGUGAGUGGGGUGAGAGGACCCCACAUUCAAGACCAGCCACUGGUCCCCAGUGGCCAUGCUACUGAAGAAUUGCGUAGAGUGUAAAACACCACUGGGAUGCUCCCUGCUCCAGCACUCCCAGCUGUUUCUCUAGUUACUGGUGGAGCAGGAGAGAAGUGUACUAAAAAUCUACAUAAAUAAGACAGUGGCAGCUGUGGAGUCCCCCAGUUUCUUGACAAGCCAAUCUCAAGGUGGGCAGUGAUAAGAGCGGAGGGGUGUCCCCCCAUACAAACAGGCGGUGGGGCUCAAAGGCCCAAGUGGUCACUGGCACAGGCAUGCAGAACAAUUCUGCAGAGCUCCCCAAGACCACAGCAGAAGGUGGGCGUGAGUUUAUUACUAAUUUUUGCACAUGGAAUAUAUUUAAAGUUAAGGGAAGCACCUUAGUAACUAAAGGAAGAUGUGGACGAUCCUAGAGGCAAAGCUCUGUGGCCUAAUUUAAGUUCGGGGUUGUUUAGAGUGGAAUGGCCGUCUGCCCAGGUAGCUGGAGAUCCUCAUGCUGGGUCCUCAGGCGCCUGCGGGAGAGGGGCUCCCGAGCUACGUGACGGCCUGCGACGAACAGGAAAGGACAGGAGGGA